UAAGUAGAGAAGAUUAAGCAACAAUUCUCCAGAGAGAGAUCCAAGAAUGGACAAGAUAAGCCAGGCCUUUGAGAAGGUCAAGAUGAACCAGGCCUUUGAAAAGGUCAAUACCAAACAAGCCUUCGACAAGAUGAAGAUGCUCGUCGGCAUGGACGUCGACGACGACGACGACGAAGAAUCCGCCGCCGCCGCUGCAGCAGCAUCGUCGCCCUCCGGUCUGCAGCAGUACCAGGACUCUUUAACCGACGACUUCAAUCGCAACUGCACCUUGUCCACCAAACAGAGGUUUUAUGGCUUUGCGAUUUGCUUGGCUGCUGGAUUGACUUGUACUCUCCUGUCUAUGCUUGUUUUCUUCCAUCCAAUCAAGUUUGCAAUUAUGUUCACACUUGGAAAUCUGCUUUCACUUGGAAGCACAGCAUUCCUCAUUGGACCUAAACGGCAAGUCUCAAUGAUGCUAGAUCCUGUUCGCAUUUAUGCAACAGCCAUAUACCUUGCGAGCAUAAUAAUUGCAUUAUUUUGUGCUCUCUAUGCUCAUAAUAAAAUUCUGACACUUCUGGCAAUAAUUUUGGAAUUUGGUGCAUUGAUCUGGUACAGCUUGAGCUACAUCCCUUUUGCAAGGUCUAUGGUGUCGAAGAUCAUGAUGAGUUGUUUUGACACUGAAUUUUAGGUUGAUACUCCGCAACAAGGAGGCUUGUGGUUCAUCUUCUGGAGGAAAUUGAUUUCUUGUACACAUUUGAGUUUUGUGGUACAUAAAAUGAGUUAGAAUACACGGACUUGAAAUGUAAAUUGUAUGAUUGAGAUUACUAAUUUGUAACAAGGUAGUGUUUCACAUAUCCAUAA